UCCCUCCCGGGGAGAUGCAGGUGCCCGGGAUGCUGCUCACUGUAGCGGGCGCCUGCCUGGGCCUGCUGGUGGCUGCCGCAGCAGCCGGUAACCCUGCCCAACCAGACACCCCCAGCUCACUGCCCGUGCACCGGCGCCAGAAGAGAGACUGGAUCUGGAAUCAGAUGCACAUUGAUGAAGAGAAAAACGAUGUGCUGCCCCAUUACGUGGGCAAGAUUAAAUCAAGUGUGAACCGCAGGAACACCAAGUACCAGCUCAAAGGAGAGUCCGCCGGCAAGGUCUUCCGGGUCAAUGAGAACAGUGGGGACGUGUAUGCCUUUGAGAGGCUGGACAGAGAGAAGAUCUCUGAGUACCACCUCAUUGCCCUGGUGGUGGACAAGGACACCGGGAAGAACCUGGAGUCUCCUUCCAGCUUCACCAUCAAAGUUCACGAUGUGAAUGACAACUGGCCUGUGUUCACACACCGGGUGUACAACGCCUCCGUGCCCGAAAUGUCGAAGAUGGGGACCCCAGUCAUCCAGGUAACAGCAGUGGAUGCAGACGACCCCACGGUGGCAGACCACACCUCUGUUGUGUACCAACUCCGGAAGGGAGGAGAGCAUUUCGCCAUCGAUAGUUCUGGACUCAUUGUCACGAAAAGCAGUGACUUGGACCGGGAGAUGCAGGUCAAGUACGAGGUCGAGGUGGAAGCACAAGAUGCCAAGGGCCUCUAUGGAGACUCGGGCACAGCCACAGUGAUUAUCACACUGCAGGACAUCAACGACAACCUUCCCAUCUUCACCCAGUCCAAGUACUCAUUUGCUGUGCCUGAAGACAUCCGUGUGGGCAGCCCCCUGGGCUCUCUGUUUGUUGAGGACCCAGAUGAGCCUCAGAACCGGCAGACCAAGUACAGCAUCGUGCAGGGCGAGUACAAGGACACCUUCACCAUCGAGACGGACCCCACUCACAACGAGGGCAUCAUCAAGCCCAUGAAGCCCCUGGACUACGAAAACAUCCGGCAAUACAGCUUCACCAUUGAGGCCACGGACCCCACCAUCAACCUCCACCACCUGAGCAGCACCUCCAAAAACACGGCCCGCAUCAUCAUCAACGUCACAGACGUGGACGAGCCCCCCGUCUUCGAGCAGCGCUUCUACCACUUCCAGCUGCGGGAGAACCAGAAGAAACCUCUAAUCGGCCCAGUGCGGGCUGUGGACCCCGACGCGGCUCGGCGGAGCAUCAGAUACUCCAUCCGCAGGACCAGUGACAAGGGUCAGUUCUUUGGAGUAACCAAGCAGGGGAAUAUUUACAAUGAGAAAGAACUGGACAGAGAAGUCUACCCUUGGUACAACCUGACAGUGGAGGCCAAAGAGCUGGAUUCUAGAGGAAACCCCACGGGCAAAGAAUCCAUUGUGCAGGUCCAUAUCGAAGUUUUGGAUGAGAAUGACAAUGCCCCGGAGUUUGCCCAGCCCUACAAGCCCAAAGUGUGUGAAAACGCUGCCCAGGGCAAGCUGGUCGUGAGAAUCUCGGCAAUAGACAAGGAUAUAACGCCACAAAAUGUGAAGUUCAAGUUCUACCUGGGCACUGAGGACAGCAACUUCACUCUCACGGAUAAUCACGAUAACACAGCCAAUAUCACAGUCAAGUAUGGGUAUUUUGACCGGGAACGUGCCAAGGUCCACCAUCUGCCUGUGCUCAUCUCGGACAACGGGAGGCCGAGCCUCACCGGCACCAGCAUGCUGGACGUGACCAUUUGCAAGUGCAACGAGCGUGGCGAGUUCACUCUGUGUGAGGAGGUGGCUGCCCAGGUGGGCGUCAGCAUCCAGGUGCUGGUAACUAUCUUCCUCUGCAUCCUCACCAUCGCAGUGAUCGCCCUCCUCAUCUUCCUGCGGCGGCGGCUCCGGAAGCAGGCCCGCGCCCACGGCAAGAGCGUGACGGAGAUCCACGAGCAACUCGUCACCUACGACGAGGAGGGUGGCGGCGAGAUGGACACUACCAGCUACGAUGUGUCGGUGCUCAACUCGGUGCGUCACGGCGGGGCCAAGCCCCCACGGCCGGCGCUGGAGGCACGCACGUCCCUCUACCCACACGUGCAGAAGCCGCCGCGGCACGCGCCCGGGGUGCACGGGCCCGGGGAGAUGGCUGCGAUGAUCGAGGUGAAGAAGGACGAGGCGGACCACGACGGCGGCGGCCCACCCUACGACACUCUACACAUCUAUGGCUACGAGGGUGCCGAGUCCAUUGCUGAGUCCCUCAGCUCCCUGGGCACUGAUUCGUCCGACUCUGAUAUCGAUUACGACUUUCUCAACGACUGGGGGCCCAGGUUCAAGAUGCUGGCCGAGCUGUACGGCUCGGACCCCCAGGAGGAGCUGGUGUAUUAGGGGGACCAAGCCACUGCAGCUCGGGCUAGUCGGACACGGGGCACUGAGCCCUCAAAUGUAGCACACCCGCCCCAGACUAAGGGCCCUUCCUCAUGGGUCCGAGACCUCCCCACCUUGGGUAGCAAAAUCCAAAUCUCUGAAAUGCCCAAGAACACAUUUCAGCAAUGCCUACCCCUAAAAUGCUGGAAAAUCCAGGCUGGGACAUCCACAUAACCUUGUCAUCUGGGACCACUGGUCCAACUCAAAGACUUUCUCUGGCUCCUCAAAGCAGCUUAUGCUCAACUGCCAGGAGAAGUCUUCCCCUGAGGUCCCUGAACCCCCUGGGAAGGUUCCCGUGCCUGUCUGCUUGGAGGCAAUGGGCUGGAUGGCAUGACCGUGGGACACGACUCUGCAGCUCAGUCCCACAGGAGACUGGCACCACCCAUCAUGCCUGCCCUGCUUCAGCUUCCUCACACCCUCCCAAGUCCCUACCAUCCCUCAGCCUCUCCCAAGUCUGUCAAGAGGGAAGAAAGGCCUCUUGACAGCUCCCGAUCUUGGGUCCUGAGGUGACCUUGCUGGCCUGCCAUGCCUGUAACUAUGCUGUACUGAGUGUUGAAAAUUCAUCCAAAGUCAGGGAAAUGGCUUGUAGAACUUUGAAGCAACUGUGAAUUCAACCUGGAGGGACAAUGGAGAUCCAGUGUGACAGAUCAUAGGGUGAGGACCACCCCUGUACCCCAUCCCUCCAGAGAGGGCCUAGACUCGCUGUGACCCCAAUUUGAGACUCCUGACACGCCUCCAGUUUGCCUGGGAGGCAGAGCAGAUUCUCCCAGAGCAGAAGACCUUCCCCUAUCCCUCCUGGUUACUCAUUUAUGCUCUCUUUCUUUUCUCUUUGUCUCUGUCUACUCUUUAUCUCUUGACUUAGAGGCAUGUAAGAUAUGACCCACAUCACCUCUGGUCAAAGUCCAAACCCAGGCAUGACUGCACAACAGAGCUGGGCCAUUGCCUUUCCACCUCAGUGCUGCCACAUCUCAGGGAACCCCAGCAGGGCCCCAUCCCUGCAGGAAGCACGGCCCCUGCCCAAGCCCUGUGGUCACCUAUGUAUCUCCCACUUUCCGCUGCAAAGACACCUUGGAGAAAUGGCAUCACACAACAGGAGGAGGUUGAAGAAGAAGGCAAACUCUCCAACUCACCCUUUAUCAGGGGCCGAGGUUCUGCUCUGGGCAAGGCCCCUCAUAAUUCAGGGGAUUGUAGAUAAUGCUGAAUUUUUAUUUUUAAUGAAUAACUACUUUUAAAAUAUUUUUUUACUAAUAAUACUUAUACAUUUCUAGCUCUCACAAACAUAUAGAAUAAGGGUUUUUGCAUAAUAAGCAAGUUGCUAUUUAGAUUAACAAUUUUAAUUCAGGCUCUUUUAGUUGGGUAAACACAUUCCUGUAACCUUCUGUUUUCUAUCAUUUUAGUACUUGCUCUAGUGAUAAUGACUAUAUAUAUUGGCUACACUGGUGCACGAGACGUACUGUAUUUUUUUUUAUAACUAAAUAAAGAAAAAUUUUGAAAUA